CAAAUGCAAAGACUCCUUCGUGCUGAUCAUACAAAUUUAUAACGCCAAGUGCGGUUAUUUAUAUAUUUCACAGUAAGGCUUCUAAAAAUGCUUGAACAUCAUCGAGCAGCAUCUACUACAACAAUUUGUAUAAGUUUAUGAAUAUGGCGAUUCAUUGUGCAAAUAAUAAUUCUUGGAAUACGCGUGGAUUAUUGGAAGCUCCGUGUAUAUCGGGAAAUCUAAUAUUCGCGUACACAUUGUAUUCAGAUGUAAUCCCAUAACGUUCGAAUAUGUUGACUUAUUCGCACGACGAGUGAUAGGAAUAAGGGCGUACACCAUCUGCUAAAUUUGACGCAUGAAUAUUCAACGGGCGUAUCAUUCGAAUAUCGAGUUCGAAAGCACCUCGAUUCCUAUAACGUACGCGAUGUCGGCGUCAUUACAUCGGAAGCGGUCGCACGUACGGAAAUAUGUGUUGCGAGGGUCAAUCUUUUCGAGCGGUGUGCGCGCGUGUGUGCUAUAAAGGGAUAGCCAGAGGUCUAAUUGCAGCCAUCAGCGAAAGCCGGCGAACCGAAAGCGGGCGGAAACUUUGAGCAUUCUUCGCGAGGUCCUCCAUCGGGCGUCGAGCGCGUUGAGAGAAUUCCACGGCAAUAGCAGCUCCGCGCUCUCUUUCGUAGGUCCGGUGUGUUUCGUCAAAGCCUAACUUCACGCGCAUUUCGGGCGCGUGCAUGGAGCGCGCGCUUCGCAUCGUUCGCGCUCAUUCGAAAUGUGUCGCGCGCCUAAUUAACAGCGUAUCGGGAGUGCCGAGUAAAGUGUCGGUCGAUCGUUGUGUAUUGAAGUGCGCGUAGUAAUUAGUUGCUCUUAUAGCCAUUAUCGAAUAUCCGAAUCGCAGUAUUAGUGAACGUGUAGAACACGGCGCGUAUUUGCGCGUCGAUUCGGAGAGUGAACGCCAUUUAAUGUCGUUACGCGCGUCUUCGAAGUAAAUCACGAGUUUAUACGCGAGUGACAGGAGUGUCUGGGGGCAAAUGUAAAGCGUCGCGCGAUCGUAAUUAGCCGCGUUUUUCCGAUAUCCAUGCGCGCGUGAAUGAACAUCCUGGACGAGACUGAUCUGGCACGGCUUUUCGAAUCGGAGCUAUCGACAUCGAUGGAACAGCCAGCAGUUAUUGCCAGCAUCGAUACACGGCCCGGAGGGACAAAUAUUAUCGCUGUAUAUCUGUUCAUGGGAGGUGGUGGCGAUCAGACUCGUGGGAAUAGAGGCGAAUUCUCCUUACAAAUUACGUAAAAAAAGCCCAGUGAAGCACAAAAGUGGCAACGUUCAAGAGAAACCCGGAAGACAACGCGCGAUUUAUUUACAGCAAACGCAAGCGCUCCGCUCGUGGUACAUGCAGAGAGACGCAAGUAAAUUAUUGGUUCGACUUUACUUGCUAAUCGGCUUUUCAACGUGCGGAAAGUACGAGUCUUUAUAAAGAUCGUCGCUCGAUGGUGCAUUAAAACGACGCAGGAAAUCGCAUCGUGAACGAAGAGGAUGAAAUAAGGGAAGAGCGCUGAAACAUUCAACGCUACCACCACGGACGUGCAUCGGACUUACUUAUUACGGAAAUCCAGUUUGUUGGAAUGAGGCUUUGAAGUUUCUAUCGCCUGCUAUACUCCACCCUCUUUCCGUUGCCAUUCGUUUUUUUUUUUUCCUGCGCCUGGAGCCGAAGAAAAGAUGGGAAAGCGGAAAACUGGAUGGCUUCGCGUUCCGAUGCCAGAACGAUCGUGCCGCGAAAAAAUGACGAAAGUGUGCACGCCACGUAUGAUCGAGCGUCCCUUUGCUGGCAGAGGAUCCUUCCAGGAUAUCAUCCAGUCGAACGAUUUCGACCGCGCAUCGUAAUAAGGAAUCGACAGUGACGAAAAUCAAAGUGACAUCCAUCGAAUGAGACCGACGAAUUUGAUUGACGAGCAAAGAAAUGUGGAAUCCGUCCCCCUCUAAAUUAUAGCUGGCGCGAAACUCCAGUCAUGCAUCCGUGGCGAUUGAGUCUACGGGAUUCGAGGACGCGUGUACGGAAAAAAAAUCUUAUCACUAAAUUUCAUUUUUUUCUUGUCAUUGACUCUCGUCAAAUAUGCUAAUUCGAGAUAUUUCGACGAGUGAUCGUAGCGAAUUACGACAAUUAUAGUGGACGAAAGUCAGCGAGUUGGAAAACGUUCGAGAACAAAGCGUAAAACAAUUGGCGUGUCAGGCGCGUGGCGCAGUGCGUGCAAAUGAGAUCGUCACCAGACGAGUCGUUAAAAGUAUUUCUCAUUCUCUAAAAACUGUUAACUGUACCGCGAAAUAAGCGACGGGCGGCAAAUGCGCGCAUACGUCGACGUAUCCGGCGACAAAGCUGACAGCGGCAGGUCCCGGUGACUUCGUAAAUAGAAAUAGGAGAAAAGGAUGGAGAAGGACAGGCAUUACAGAGCUUACGAGGGCUUCAAGCCGGCGAACAACGGCAACACCUCAUCUUUGAAGCGAUCAACAUCGGAACGGUCGAAAACGCAUCAGUCUCGUCAAGUGAGAUGCCUGUGCUUUGGUGGUGUGCCGGACAAAGCCAGCCAGCACUCUUUCCUGAAGGGUUUUAUCAUAAAUCUCGGGAUAUGCGCUCUUCUGGUGGCCUAUACCCUCCUGGGAAGCUUCAUCUUCCUGGCUAUCGAGGGCGGAGUCGACGUUGGUCCGCAACAGAGGACCCUCGCCACGACGAUAGCCGGAAAUCAGCAUACCAGGAGAAACACCAGCGCUUUGCUGAAACAGCUUAAUCACGAGGCCCGAGCGAAGACUGUAGAGAGCAUAUGGCUAAUCACGGAACAUUUGAACAUUCUCUACCGUGAGAACUGGACGAGACUGGCUGAUCAGGAGAUUGCGCGGUUUCAGGACCAACUGGUGAAAAGGAUCACGGAGGACAUGAUGGCGAGCCAGAAUGCCGGGACUUAUACCGGGAGUUCCACCAGCGAGACCGUAACAGAACGCCGUGUGCCGGAGUACGAAUGGAACUUUGCGAAGGCGUUCCUCUAUUCUCUGACAGUGCUCACCACCAUCGGAUGCGGAAGCAUCGCACCAAAGUCGACUUGGGGCAAAAUCGCUACCAUGGGUUAUGCUAGCCUCGGGAUACCCUUGACUUUGGUUUAUUUAUCUAGCGCGGGAGGUCUCUUAUCCAGAUGCGCCAGAGGUGUCUUCACGCGAGCCCUUUGCUGCUGUCUUUGCUCGAAUUGCGGCUACUGUUGCUACGAUGAGAGGCGAAUGCAGGAGAAGGAGCGACGAAUGAGAAAGAAGCGGCAGCAAGAGGAGCUGGCGCAACAGCAACAGCAGCAACUGCAACUGCAGGAGCCCUUUUACGUUCGCGCGAAUGCAUCGACAUUUACAAGCACCGUGGAAAUUAAGGCUAGUCCGAAGGACGAAGUAUCGAGCCUCGGCUCAGGCGACAGGCCCAAUGUCACUAUACUCGCGCCAAUCAGUAUUUGUCUUGGCGCGAUGCUGUGUUACAUCGUCGCCGGAGCAUUCAUUCUGCACAAGUUGGACGGUUGGUCAUUUAUCGACGCGAGUUAUUUCUGCUUCAUGAGCCUGAGCACCAUCGGCUUCGGCGACAUGGUACCAGGUUCUUAUCCCCGUCACACCCUCGCCGACUCGAGAAACGUCACGGUAUGGUUCUGCUCGUGCUACAUAAUGUCAGGAAUGGCACUGACAGCGAUGUGCUUCAACAUCCUCCACGACGAGAUCGUCCAUCGGCUGAGUCACCAGCCGGACAAGCCGGAGCCGGUGAAACCAAGCCCAUCCGUGGACGAGCUAUCGACGGACCCGUUUGCGCUGACCUCGUGACAAUUUCCGUCAGGCAAUCUGUGCCACAGGAAUGGCACCGAUGAGAACAAUAUAUGUGGCACGGAACCACCCACCAAUAUAUUCGCUCACGAGAAUGAGAUCAACAUCCUAAAGGACACCUUCAAUCAAGUGGACGUUACCAGAGACUGCAAACCGAUCCUGAAACUCGAGGAUCAUGUUCCACCGAU